CUCCUUAGCGGAUGCUAUAGGGUACUAUCACAUGAACUCGAUAUUUUCGGGAGUCGCUGCGCUCAUGUCACUUUUAGCUUUUUCCUUUUUAGAAGGCAAAUCUCCAGUACAGCGGAAAGGCGAUGAUGUUAACCCAGAUGCCACAUGAAUAAACAGUGGCUCGUAGACUCUGGCAAUCAACAUCGGCCGCCUACUCGAGAUCCUAGGGCCCUGGGCUUGUACGACAACAAUAAAUCAGGAGAAUUAUACUCAAGAAAGCUAAGUUGAAAAAUUGGGCAAAUGCUCGAUACACCACCUCAUAUCACAGAUUUGGUCAGAGAUAAAACUGGGAUAUUCCAUGCAGAAGCACCAGUAUUAGGCUUAUUCGGCAACGCUGUUGGAGACUCGAUCUUCGUGAACAUUUUGACCAGCUACCAGAACGUAGGGAGAUGCUGGUACCCUGAAUUACUGCCGUUAGCUUUGAAGAUACAUCAGGCACUGUCUGAAUAGAAAAUUCAAUAAACAAGUUUUGCCCGGCAA